AUGCCAAACUCUAUGAAUCCAAUUGCAUGCGAUGUGUCAACUAAACGAGCGCGUCCCUGGGUUCCUCAAAGACAUCGACAGCAAGUUUUCCGGGCGAUACACAAUCUGGGGCAUCCAGGAAGUAAAUCAUCAAUCAAACAAAUAUGUGAGCGUUUCGUUUGGCCAGGCAUGAAAAAAGACAUAACGAAGAUGGUAAAAUCUUGUCAUCCAUGCCAACGUACCAAGGUAUCCAGAUAUAAUCAAACAAUACUUGGUAGUUUCAAGCUACCAGAGCAACGAUUUUCUUCACUACAUAUCGAUAUCAUAGGGCCAUUACCAAUGUCAAAUGGAUUCAGCUACUGUUUAACGGGCAUUGAUCGUUUUACCAGAUGGGCAGUUGCUAUCCCUAUGGCUGAUAUUAAUGCAAGCACAGUGGCGGCAACAUUACUGGAGGGUUGGAUCGCACAUUACGGCGUGCCAUCUGAAAUAAUAACCGACCAAGGUCGACAAUUCGAGUCAAAAUUAUUCAAUGAACCCACGAGAUUAAUUGGCACAAAACACAAAAACGACAUCAAGGCGACUCCUGCAGAAAUGGUUUAUGGCACGACACUUAGAUUACCAGGUGAAUUUAUCGAAAGUCCCAGUAAAGACAUGUCCAACUCGGAAUUCGUACAAUCACUACGAGACGUAAUCGAGCAACUAAGACCAGUACCUACGGCAAACCACUCCAUAUCAAAAACAUUUGUACAACCAGAUCUUAACAAAUGUACUCAUGUUUAUCUGCGCGAUGACACUAUUCGACUACCUCUCAAAGCACCUUACGAUGGACCAUUUAAGGUAACCGAUCGCGACGAUAAGCUGAUGACCAUUCUACGGAAAGACAAAUCAGUACGUGUAAGUAUAGAUCGGGUCAAAGCUGCCUAUCUCUGUGAUGACGAGCAAGAAACAAAUCAACAUCAGAUAGCACGACAUGCUUGUACUCAUCGAAAAGCAGACGAAAAUAACCAGAAGCAACAUACAAAGAAAACUCAAACAUCGUCUAGCGGCAGGCGAAUUCGGUUGCCAGUUCGAUUUGCGGAGAAUGUUUAA